AUUUAAUUUUCUCAAUUGCCAAAUUGCUUACCGUUAAAGAUCGAGCUAUUCAGGUAAAUAAAGAACAUUCCCAAACACGCCCUCCACCAGAUUUUUCUUCAGUUUUUCGCCAUAAAAACCUCACCUUUGAGAAAAAAAAUCUCAUCACUCUGCAAAAAAAGCCCAAAAUCCCUUUUCUUAAUUUUCACAAAAAAUGGGCGUCGAUUACUACAACAUACUCAAGGUGUCGAGGAACGCGACGGAGGAGGACGUGAAGAGGUCGUACAAGCGGCUGGCCAUGAAAUGGCACCCGGACAAGAACGCCGUGAACGCGGCGGAGGCUGAGGCGAGGUUCAAGCAGAUAAGCGAGGCCUACGACGUGCUGGGCCACCCGGAGAAGCGGCAGAUCUAUGAUCUGUACGGUGAGGAAGGGCUCAAGUCCGGCGCGUACCCGCCGCCGCCGCCGGGGUCGAAGGACAGGGAUUUUGGGGGCGGCGGCGGAGGGGGGAGGGUGUUUAAGUUCAGCCCGAGGGAUGCGGAGGAUAUUUUCGAGGAGUUUUUUGGUGGGUUGGAUGGGGGGGAAGGGAAGGGUUCCGGCGGCGGAGGUGAAGGCGGCAGUGGUGGUGGCGGGAGGUUGAAGAAGGCGGCGGUCAUGGAGACCAAGCUGCCGUGUAGCUUGGAGGAGCUGUAUAAAGGGUCGAGGAGGAAGAUGAAGAUAUCGAGGGUUGUACUUGAUGCUUCAGGGAAGCCAACCACUGUUGAGGAGGUCUUGGCUAUACACAUCAAGCCCGGUUGGAAAAAGGGCACGAAGAUCACAUUUCCCGAUAAGGGCAAUCAGAAAGACGGUUUUGCCCCUGGAGACCUAAUUUUCGUUGUGGACGAAAAACCCCAUCCCGUUUUCAAAAGGGAUGGAAAUGAUUUAAUAAUCCAUCAAAGGAUCUCUCUACUCGAUGCCCUCACAGGUAAGACUCUCAAAAUCGCAACUUUAGAUGCUCGGGAUAUAACUGUGCAAGUGGCAGAUAUUGUUAAGCCGGGAUAUGAAAUGUUGAUAAAAGAUGAAGGCAUGCCUGUUUCGAAAGAACCCGGAAAAAAAGGGAAUUUGAGGAUAAAGUUUGAUAUUAAGUUCCCAUCAAGGCUUAGUGCAGAACAGAAAUCGGAUCUGAGGAGGGCCUUGGGGAGGUCUAAUGGUUAGUUAAACUCUGUUUAUGGAUGUUGAAAAAAACUACCAAGUGUAUAUACUUUAAUCAUACUUCAAACUAGAGAAGAUGUGCAUAUUAGGAGGAAAUAGAUUUGGGUUUUGUUUGUUUGUUUUGUUAUCGUAACUUUAGCUUCUUUAUGAAGCUGCUGCUAAGUAAGACGAACAAUUUUGCAAUCGCUGAGCAAUGUAUAAAAGUUUGAGUAUUGCUUGUUUACUUAUGGAGAUGAUGAGCUUGUUAACUGUAUUAUUGAUUUAUUUAUUUUUUAUGUGGCAUUUCUUUGAGUUAUU